CGGUCGUCACGUGAUUAAUAUUUACGGAAGAACGUUUGUAGGAGCCUAACACCGCUGUCAUUCUCCAUAAAUCUGUCGGUAACGUUAAUGUUUCGAGCCCCGUUGGUUUUAUUCGGAUCUUUUUGAGUUUUUAGCCUCUUUUAUUUCCGCUAAACGGGGUUUAUUCGUUACUAAUCCCCCUCAGAACCGAGUUAUAUGCCGAUAACAGCCGUUAGCUCACAUUCACUAAACAGCGGAAAUAAAAGUGUUGUGCGGUUCAUGGAUUCAUGGUAAAGCCAAUCCACUGGUUCACGGUUCAUCAGUUUUAAUAUUUGUGUCCGUUAAGGAUCGGUAAAACCACCGGUAACAGGAUGGGAGCGGAGCAAAGCGGGGACUCGGAGCACAAACACUCGGACUAUGGAUCAGCAGUGGUUCCAUCCCCGAUGAAGCAGAAGGCAAAGAUGGACGACAUUGUGGUGGUGGCUCAGGGAACACAGUCGCUACGGAACAUCCACAACGACCCAGACGUCAUCAAACUGCAGGAGAUCCCCACGUUCCAGCCUCUUCUGAAAGGCGUCCUCAGUGGUCAGACGUCCCCCAGUACCGUGUGUCUGGAGCGUCUGGACACCAUCCAGGUUCUGCAGCUCUGCGUCCGAUACCAGGACCACCUGCACCAAUGCGCCGAGGCCGUGGCCUUCGACCAGAACGCAUUGGUCAAGAGGAUUAAAGAGAUGGACCUGUCGGUGGAGACGCUGUUCAGCAUCAUGCAGGAACGUCAGAAACGCUACGCCAAGUACGCCGAGCAGAUCCAGAAGGUCAACGAGAUGUCCAUGAUCCUGAGACGCAUCCAAAUGGGCAUCGACCAGACCGUCCCCCUCAUGGACAGACUCAACAACAUGCUGCCGGAGAGCGAACGCCUGGAGCCCUUUAGCAUGAGGCCUGACCCGGAUCCAGCCUCCAAGUAGAUCCAGAACCUCCAUCCAGGUCCAGGAGGACCAGCAGGUCUGUGCACAGUCUAUGGACCUCUGGCCCGCAACCAAAUACACUGAAAAACCACCACCUUUACAUGAACUGGUCUGGUCUCCAGAGGUCCACCACCCUGGUCCUUCACUGGACCCCCUUUAGCCUGGACUAGGACACACAGGACUUUAUACAGGUCACGUUUAUCUGCCAUAGUCGCAUUAGUUCCAUCCAGAUAAUGGAGACUCCAUCAAAUCCAUAGACCAUGUGGUUCAGGUCUGGACUCUGUGUGGUUCAGGUCUGGACUCUGCGUGAUUCAGGUCUGGACUCCGCUUUGUUCAGGUCUGGACUCCGUGUAGUUCAGGUCUGGACUCCUCAUGGUUCAGGUCUGGACUCUACAUGGUUCAGGUCUGGACUCUAUGUGGAUCAGAUCAGAUUGACUUUCGAAUUUAUUUAAAUGUGUCUUAAAUCAGUUUGUGGACAAUUAAAACUGUUAAUAUAUUUAAUAUAAACCAGAUUGAAUUUACAGAAGUUUCACAUCAUUGACAUGUUAUUGUUUUUUACUGUGUUUGUUUAUUGUUUCUGGUAAAAGGUUGAACUGUUGUCUUUGAUUCGACCAUUUUAUGUCCUGAACUGGAAAAGAACCCACAGGACUGAACGGACUUUUGACCGGACCGGGACUGGAGGAUCAGUGGACUGGGUCUGGACUGGGACCAGAGGAUCAGUGAACCAGAUCUGGACAAAAUCUGGACUGGAACUGGAGGAUCAGUGAACUGGGUCUGGACCAGAACCAGAGGAUCAGUGGACUGGACCUGGACCAGGUGUUGGUCUGUUAUCCAGAUCAGUGGUUUCAUCUUGUGUUUUCGGUUUUGUUCUGGUUCUGGACUGGUAUGAUGGCAGUGUGGACAGAAUGAGGACAGACUUUAUUCUGGACAAAGAGGACGGAGGUUCAGUGAAGGUGAAGAACCUUCAGAACCUUCAGAGACUCUGUGUGUUUACGUGGGCUCAUCCACAGGUUCAUGUAAAUGUCCUAAAUAAACCCAGAACCUGCUCAGGUCCAGGUCCGGUUCUGGUUCCAUCUGUAUUUAAGCGCCUGGAAUCCACAGUCACAUUAAAACGCUACCGCUAGUGCUAUUGCUAAUGCUAAGGCUAACACAACAAAGAAAUAAUGUUCAUACAAAUAAUUGAAUAAAUCAUCUGGUUUUAGAUGUUUAAAGAAAAUCCAUCAU